GCUUAUAGUCGAGUUAUAAAGCUUAAACCAUUUGCUAUCCACAAAUAUCACAAGCCUACCUUAGUUUCUUAUCUUUGUCAUUCUCAAUAAUAUUCAAAAUGCAUGCUUUAGUCUAUUUUCUGAUAGUAUUGCUAGCAUCAUUUUUCUUACAACUAUUGAGUCCUAUCCAAAUUGAAGCUCGAAACUUGAAUUUUCGUGUGUUGUUUGAGGCUGACCUCAUUCGUCGUGAUUCAUCAUCAAUCUCUUCAUUCUAUGACUCUUCAAUGACAUUACAAGAACGUCAAUGGAGAGCAUCCCUUGGCUCAGUCUCGCUUGGUCAUAAUAUCCGUCUGUCUUCUUCAUUUUUUGAUGAAAAGGAUGUUAAGACGGAUGUUAUCCCAAAUGGAGGGGAUUAUCUUAUGAAGAUUGGCGUUGGUACCCCACCUGUCGAAGUCAUGGUUGUUGUUGACACUGGGAGUGAUCUUACAUGGCUCCAGUGCUCACCAUGCCAGCGGUGUUUCCAGAAGGGUUCUCUAUUGUUCGACCCAACCAAAUCUUCGACUUAUCAUCCCAUCUCUUGCAACCCUCAAUCCUGCAACUAUCCAGAGCUCAAUAGUGGUUGUAUUCCAAACUCUUUCAGCAAUAAUGAGUCGUGUGUAUAUACAGCCAUAUACGGUGAUGGCACAAAAAGUACCGGUCUUCUUAGUACAGAAACCAUUAGCUUCCCUUCAGCUGAUGCAACACAAUCAACAUUUCCAUCCUCUAUUAUUGGAUGCGGGUUUGAUCAACAGGGUCGACUUGGCAUCCAUGGGGAUGGGAUCGUUGGUCUCGGACUUGGAACAUUGUCACUAGCCUUACAACUAGGCCCAAAUAUCAACUACAAGUUCUCCUACUGCUUGACUCCUCUGUCUUCCACUGUCGCUGGCAAGCUUAAGUUCGGUGCUGAUGUAACAGGCCCCGGAGUUGUAUCAACUCCAUUUGCUACAACCGAAGACUCUCCUACAUUUUACUCCCUCACCCUCAAUGGCAUUAGUGUAGGGAAUAGUUCUGUACCGGUAGCCCAAGAUAUAAUAAUCGACUCUGGCACGACCCUAACCUUCCUACCAACUAGCAUCUACGACAGCAUUAAGACCGCCGUGAAGGGUGCUAUCACAGUCAGCCCUGUGCCAGACCCUGAAAAUGCUCUCGACCCUUGCUACGAGACCCUGCCCUCGGGUGUUCCUGAUGUAGUGUUCCAUUUCAAAGGGGCUGAUGUUGUGUUAAAGGCUGUUAAUACAUUCAGGAUAUUUGGGAAUCUAACUUGUCUAGCAAUUGUACCUUCAGAUGAUUCUCUCUUGUUUGGGAAUGUUGCUCAAGUGAACCAUCAAGUUGGGUAUGAUUUAAAAGCAAAGCAAAUUUCAUUUGCUCCAACAGACUGCACCAAAUACUAGGCCUCAUUCAACUUUAACCAUAUGCUGCUUUACUAGUAAACAUUUUAUUUUUUGGGUGCUUGUUUAUAAGCAUCUUUUUUUAUUUUAUUUUAUAUUAUUUCUUAUAUAGUUAUAUGUAUUCGUUUAUGUUUUUUCGUUUCGUUGAUUUCUCUUUGUGUACUAUUAGGCCUUUACCUUUUUAUAAAUAUCCAUUCACAUUUGUGAUUUAUAAAAAAAGGUGAAAGAGGAUCACAAAAGACAUGUGCUUUAUCGCACCAUAUAAGAGAAAUGUGAUUCCUUAUAAAUUUAUAAA